UCGUGCCUACCCCCACAACUGCUGUUGAUAGCCUACAGAUCUGCUGUUGGUAGCCUAUCUUUAGGCUUCGUUCGUUUCGGUUUUUAAAUGUUUCUAUUCCUGUCUAUGUUUUCUCGCUAAUAAAAAUGUGUAGGCCCUCAGUCUAGGUAAUUCGUUUGAACUGAGAAAGUGCUGGAGGAGAAUUCUAGGAUAACAUCAGCUGAACCGCACGGCAAAUUGAAAGAUUUGAUAAGGUUUUGCUCACACGCAUCCCUGGGCAGGUGGAGCUGCAGGAGGGUUCUUAAUAAACACCCACACUGGUCUUCCCCCUCCAGUCAAACCUGCGCUUCUCACCACGCCACGCCACGGCUGUACCUGAGUGGCUCUGGGACUAUUUGGACUAUAACCCCCGUGGCCGGUCGCUGGGUUUUGGGGGAAGAUUUUUGUUGCCAUGGCGGUGGUGGACCUCGACAUGGACCCCGAGCUGAGGGACGAGGAGGGCGACGAGCUGUGGGAGCUGAUCAACGACAACCGGCACAGUGUGUCGCUACAGGUGCGGCCGUGCAUCGUCAUACCGUACCUGCGGCAGGCCCGCGUGCUCUCCGAGAUCGACGAGGACGAGAUCAUCAACUGCCACCAGCUCAAAAACUUCUCCAUGAAGACCAGCCACAUGCUGGACCUGCUGCGCUCGCGGGGCCUCAACGGGGCCGUGGCCCUGCUGGAGAGCCUGAUGAUCCACUACCCCACCGUCUACACACGCAUCACUGGACGCAAGCCCAGCACCGAGCCCUCGGGCUUCAGCGGUCUGAUCAAGUACUCGGAGCUGACGGAGUACCUGGUGCGCGCGGUCACCAGCAUGCAGAAGGAGCUGGCCGAGACACGGCAGGAGGCGGACCAGCUGCGCGAGCGCUGCGCGGGCCUGGAGGCAGAGGCGGGCGGCGCGGCCGAGCACCACGAGGAGCUGCGGCGUCUGCGCGAGGAGAGCGGCCGCCUGCGCAGCCACAUGGCCAGCCUGCACCGCGACCUGCUCAAGGUCAAGGACGAGAAGUGCGAGCUGUACGGACGCUACGCCGCCGCCGUGGAGGAGAAGUCGGCCGUCGGCCUGCGCUGCCGGGACCUCAACCUGCAGAUCUAUCAGCUGCAGUGUGAGCUGCGUAAGGCCCAGACGGAGACGGACUUCCAGCGGCGGCGCUCGUUGCGUUGCGUCUCCCCCAGUGAGACUCAGCAGCUCAGGGAGGAGAUCUCCACGCUGCGCCGGAAGCUCAUGGAAGCCGAGACGUUUAGCCCGGCGCGGGAGGACAUCCUGGCCCAGGACCUGGUGGAGGCUCAGGACCGACGCUCGGAGCUGGCUGAGCAGCUGUACAGGCUGCGGGAGGACAACGAGAGGCUGGCCAGAGAGGCCGAAGAGAUGUUUGAGGAGAAGGAGGCCCUGACGCUGCAGGUGCAGAAGCUGGCGCUGGACUGUGAGAUGUACCAGCAGAAGAGCACUGUUUUCCAGAGUCAGUUGAGAGAGCUGCAGGCCGAGAGAGACAGAGCCUACCUGUCCAGGGAUGACGCCCAGGCCCAGAUAGCGCGUAGCCUGGCUGAGAAGGACGUGUUGCGCAGUCAGCUGGUGGAGCUGCAGGAGAAGGUGUUUAAUCUGAGAGCUCGCAGCACUGAGAGGGGACCAAGAGACAAGUCACGUACCAGGCAGUGGAGUUGGGAGAGCAGCUAUUGCGGCUCCAGCAGCGAGGGCGCCCCGCCCAGCCCUCAGCCUUGCUCCCGGCUGUGCCGCAUGAACGCCAUCGGGCCCGACCUGGAGGUCAGUGACGAAGGACUGAGCAGCAUCCGUUCGAGCCAUGUGGAGCCACCAGGCUCUGAUUCUCUCCGCAGACGCCAGUUUGACUUGAGCCUGGACAACAGCCUCGAGACAGAAGACAGUCCUUUCUCCUUGGACACAGAGAGCGACUUUGUCAUUAUCAAUGACAGCAAGUCAGCAUCACUCCCCACCCUUCCACAGAAGAGCCGCAGCCUUGACACUGUGUCGCGGGCGUCUGCACCUCCCUUCCUGAUGCGUUCGCGGCCGCAGGCGGUGCGCAUAACCGGGCGCCAGCUCACCCUCACCGUCCAGGACGGCGCGCUGCUCAGCCAGAUCCAGGUCGUCGGGGGCAACAAGACGGGCGUGUUCGUGCACCGGGUCACCGAGGGCUCGUCUGCUCACACGUCCGGGGUCAGCCCCGGAGCCCAGAUCAUAGAGGUGAAGUACGAGGAGGAGAGGCAGGUGCUGCGGAUGGUGCUGGAGGACUCCACCCAGGAGGAGGCGCUGUGGGCUCUGAGGCAGGUUAAGGGGCCAUGCCAGCUCUCACUCAGGCCCAACCAGGACGUGUAUGAGAGCCUUCGGCAACAGCUGAAAAAGGGGGAGGUCACCUCGGGGGACUCUUUCUACGUUCGGGUCAACAUGUCCGUGCCGGCGGGCACAGCCGUCGGUGGCCUGUCCAUCAAGUGCAACGACAUCCUGCACGUCACCAACACCUGCCACAGCACCGAGGGCACCUGGUGGGCCAGCCUGGUGCACCCAUGCCAGCUGCAGGACCUGAAGAGUGGCAGCGUGCCCAACUACUACAGGGCUCAGCGUUUGCUGAUUCAUUCAAUAGAAGACAUGACCUUCCAGCAUCGAGCUCACAAAAAGGUGGAGCGUGUUCAGGGGAAGCAGAAGGCCGUGCGGAUUGUGAGCACCGGCCGGCAACCACGCAACCCACUCUGGGUCAGUGUGAAGAAGGACGGUGAUGGCAGCACACCGAGGAGCUGUGUCACCCUCAUGCCGUACACGCUGGUCACACCCCACUACCCGCCUGUCUGCCGCCCGGUCCUCCUCCUUCCCACAGUCCUUGGCCGGGUCCUCCACAAGAGGCUGGCAGAGAUGGAGGGCUACCAGCUCUGUGAACCUGAAACGCUGAGUGCGAGUGAGCAUGCGGUGCGGGUGCAGAAAGGGGAGGUUCUAGAGGAGUGUGGAGACCCCAGCACCCACCACUGCUACACCCUGCAGGGUGUGGAGAAGAUCAUGAAGAGGGGGACCCACUGUGUCCUGCCGCUGGGGCUGGACUGUGUGCGGCGUCUCCACAGGGCGGACAUCUUCCCCAUCAUCAUCUUCAUCGCCGCCACUAAGUGCAGCACUUCCCGACUCAAACAUCGUCUGCGACACCACAGUGUGUCGGAGGCUCAGCUGCUGGACAGCUCGCGUGCCGAGGAGCCCCUGCUGGACAAGCUGCCGUGUCUGUACCGGAUGCUGCAGCCCGAGUGCUGGAGGGAGGCGGCCCUGCUGGACCUCAUCCAGGGCGCCGUGGUGGAGGAACAGCAGAAGGUCGUGUGGGUCGAGCCCGACCUCUGGUGACCUCUAGUGAUCCGGUCAGAAGCCAGGAGCUGAGAGGGCAUCCCAGAACAUCCACUGGUGCUGUUGACCUGUUACCUACAUAAGCUCACUGAGCCCCAUAACAACAACAACAUCAACAACAACAACAACAACAAAAGCAACAAUACUAAUAAUGUUGAUAAUAAUAAUAAUAAUAAGAAGAAGAA